GUACGCCAUUACUGCAGUCGGCAAAAGAAAGACAAAGAAGGUGGCAGUGUUUUAGUUUUGGAAGAAGUGAAAGGCUGUGAGUGUAAGAAUUGUACAAAUUGUGGAAAGACUUUGAAUCGGCUUGUAGCAGGUUUGUCUAUCCAUCAAAAUUUUAAAAGUUGGACGAUUUUUGAAGCGUUUUUCGUCAACAAUCUGGAAGAGUUUUUAUUUGACAUUGGCGUAAAAUCUAGAGUAGUGCUUUGACAGUCUGGAAGUGAAUGAUUUUUUAUUAAUUUAUAAACAUGAAGAACGAAAUAAGAAGUGCUACGGAUUUCUUGUCGAACCUUUUAAGAGCUCAAAACGUUUCUGCGGAUAAAAUUGAGAAUUUUCGAACAACUUUGCAGAAUGUUAUGACUGAGCACUAUUUGAACCACUGGUUCCCGGAGACGCCAUGCAAGGGUAGCGGUUAUAGGUGUUUACGAAUCAACUAUAAGAUGGAUCCACUCAUCAAGCAAGCAGCUGAGUCCUGCGGGGUGUCAAUGGAGAUGAUCCGCCAGUUGUUGCCCAAGGAACUAACGAUGUGGGUGGACCCAAGAGAAGUGGCGUACCGAAUAGGUGAAAAUGGCAGUAUUGGGAUGUUGUAUCAGAGUGAUUUACCUCAUGUGAUGUGCCAGAAGCAAAAAUCGCAAAUUAGUAGUCCAGUCCAGUCUCAAUCAGGUUCUCACAACAGCCAUGACGAGAAUUCAUAUUCCUGCAAAGGUCAAUUCCUGAAUUCCUUGCCAAGGGACAACUUGAAACAACUGGCAGCAGCUUUCGUUUCCAGCUAAUCUUGCAUACAAACUUGGUUCAGCUCACGAAUCCUCGCCAAAGAUUUCAUCUUCAUUUGUACAUACAAUCCUGGGCAUUGACAACCCAUCAUGUACCAUGGACUGAGAUUUCAGUAUUCAUCAUUUUUCCUCCUGACAUCAGUGAGAACUGUGAUGAAUGUAGUGCUAGGAUGUUGGUGCUAGACCAUGCAAAUGAAAACUUUGUCUCGGUAAAAUUGUGAUGUCAUACUGGUGAUGAUGGACUUAUCCAUGUUUAUGUGGAAUGUGUGUACAGAAUUGUAAUUCUACAGCGAUUGAGAAUUAUUUCCAAUGUCAGAAUGAAUGAUUACAAUUAAGGCAUUUAUCAAAUUGUUGUGCAGGUCAGUGUGCAAGAUUGAAGAUGCACAAGUUAACUUUUGAGUGCUUUAUUCUUAAGAAAAUAAAAUGUCUUUCAUAUUUUAUUCCUACUUGAUGUGAUCUCCAGUACCUGACCAAAGUUUAUGGAUGUAUAUUUGUUGUCAAACAAUUGCAUUGAUGUGUAGUUUUUAAUCACAGUUUCUGUGAUUAUGUUCAAUGCAGUUGAAUUUUUUUUUCAUAAAAGUGAAAAAAGAUAAAAAAAUGGGAAUAAAUCUCAAUUAUUUAAUGUA